GUGGUGUGUAAUCGGUGGGGUUGUGCAGUUCGCGCAGAACCAAGCAGACCGUCGUGACACGGUCCCUCCAGCCAAAAUGGCGCUAUGUUUACGUCUCUGCAUAAUCGUUUAUUAUACUUAGCAGGUCUCAUGGGGAGCUUUGGUGAUUGCAUCGCUUGGAAAGGAAUUUGAGCCAACACUGAAUUUUAAUCCCCCGACAAACUGGUAAUGACAAUUAGAGAUCUGUGGCUAUAAAGUUCGCCAGCUGCAGCAGGAAGGAUGCAGGCUGAAGCUACGGACUCCUCACUGGGAGAGGGCAUCCAGGCUCUUGGUGUGAAGGACUCAGAAAACCCUGCAGCAGACGAAGAGGUCAACACAGAGCAGCAAGACACGGAGAUGACAGCUGCUGCAGAGGAGGAGGAGGACACAGCAACCAAGGAUGAGACAGACGGGAGCACAGAUGCGGUGGAAGGAGAGGCACAGAAGGAUGAACCUCAGGCAGACGCAGAGGUGGACGCUGAAGACGGAAAGCAGGCUGCAGACGUGGAGGCUGAAUGGGAGCUUGCAUACAGCGACGAGGAGAUGGAGGACCCCAAAAACUGGAUGCCUCCCCCUGCCGAGAUCAAAAGACUCUAUGAGCUCCUGGCUAAAGAGGAGAUGCUGGAAUUGAACUUUGUGCCCCUUCCCAGAAGGCCCCCCACUCCUGAACGCACCCCGUCGCCCGACAGAGAUGACGAGGAAGAGGCAGCAAAGGAGAGGGAGAGGCUGGAGAGAGAGCGCAAGCCUCCAUCUCCCACUGAGUUUGACUUUGAUGAGGAGCAGACGCAAUCCACUCCCAAAAAUGCCUUCAUCAACAGACGCAGAACACCGGGUUCGUCCGCCCGCUCCUCUGUAAAAAGGGAGGCCCGGCUGGACAAGGUGUUAUCAGACAUGAAGCGCCACCGCAAAAUUGAGGAGCACAUCAUGCGCACGGGUCGGGACCUCUUCAAGAGCGAAAAGAAACUGGAGGAGGCGCUUUCUCCCAACAGCCAGAAGGAGCGCGAGAAGGAGAGGGAGCGAGACAGCAACCCCAACACCAUAUUCUCCCCGAGGCAGCGGAGAUACUGAGGCAUUGUGAGGCGUGGGCUCGCCCACAGGCAAAUGAGGCCAAGAGCCUUCAGAGGCUUUCUCAAAACUUGAAUUUUUUAUGUAAUGAGUUUUGUAUGUUUUGUGUGUUUCGUAUGAUGGCAAUAAACAUUUUAACCCUG